AUGGCCAGAGAAGCUUACCCUCCCAAACAAACAUACGUUUCCGCAAAAACAAUGGCACGAUCGGUUGUAAUGGAGAGAGUCAGCACCGCAGUGGGGAAUCUGGUGAAGAAAGUUACGGAGAGGGGAGAUGUGGAUGUGAAGCAUCUAGAUGAAGAUGCACACCCGAUCAAUAGCGUAAUCAAUAGGAGGGUUGAGAGAGGUACAAAUAAGGCUUCGAAUACCACGGCUGUGAAGAAGUGA